GUACUGCUGUUCCUUGCUGCUGUUCCACGCUGCAAGAGCCCAUCCAUGCUGCUGCUGCUGCUGAUGAUGAUGAUGAUGAUGAUGAUGAUGAUGAUGAUGAUGAUGAUGAUGAUGAUGAUGAUGAUGAUGAUGAUGAUGAUGAUGAUGAUGAUGAUGAUGAUGAUGAUGAUGAUGAUGAUGAUGAUGAUGAUGAUGAUGAUGAUGAUGAUGAUGAUGAUGAUGAUGAUGAUGAUGAUGAUGAUGAUGCUCCCUGCAGUUAGGUAUAUGUUUGUGUACUCUCUCUCUCUAUUCAUUA